UUUGCUUGCAGCUGAUGUAAAAUGCACCGCAAUCGUACAUUCAUUUUGAAAUUGCCGCUGACUAAUCAAAUUAAAUGGAGUUGCACGAGAGUUUCGAUGACAUUGAAAACCAGUUGGACAAUUUCAUCAUUCGCAAGAACCAGCAAAAAUACAAAAAACCCGAUUCCGAAAAGUCUGGCCCAAAGAUUCAUAACAAUAUACCCCUGACAAUCUCGCACAUUCUCCGGGUAACUCAGGAUCCGGAAAGGGAACAUGUUUUUAUAACGUGUGAUGCGAAUGGUAACGCAGCUCCGAUUUACUUUCGCACCUGCUUUGUUUAUGGGUUUGUGGCUGGAUUCGCAACCCACAAUGAGUGCUUCAAUAAAUACAUAAUUGAUGAUGGCACGGGAAAUCUGGAGGCGAGUAUUGCCAAAAAGCCAGCCAACGGACAAGUAAUAAGCUGUCUUUACAAUGAAGCCGCUUCCCUGGUUUCCUCAGAGGCUUAUAAACCCGUAGCAGAACGCUUGAUGCGUCUUUCAAAGACCGCCUUGAAGUAUAUAGAUCCCUCGCCCAUAACGAGGGGCAACAGCCUCUUCCUGCGCGGUCGUCCAAACAUCUUCAGGGGAAAGGUGGGCUUGGAUGCCUUUGCGUUCUUCAUCGACAGCGGUAAGGCCCGAAAGUUGGAAAUCGGCUUUGCGGACCACCUAUCAGCCUGGCACAGGAAUCACAAAACUCAGAGUGCAAGAAACAAGUAAUAUUGGGUUUUUUCUUGUAUUGAAAUUUUACUGGUAAUAAAAAAUCAAACUUUAAAUAAGGAGAA